AUGGAUCAAAUUCAAGCUCCUGUGGUGGCGAAGAAGCGUGUGUUCCUAACAAGUAGGAACAGGUAUUCGAUGGAUUUGGCACGCCGAACACAAAAAUCCAUGUGGUGGAUUUUGCGUAACGCAUUGGAAGCAGCGGCGGUUUUGGCCGUUGUUGUAGUGCCUUGUGCGCUAAGCAUCACCAGCCUACGGCGCAAGACCGUAUGGCGCAUUCCCAUUUGGGAAUGGGCAAUGGCAUUGCUUCUAACCGCAACUUCAAGGCGCAUCAUUUUUGUGGAAGUGACAAUCUUCGGUCUUCUCCUUAGGCGGAUCUUCACGUCAAAGCCGCGAGUGGUGUACGUCGUGAGUGAGGGGUCUCAACGACGAUGCACGGUCGUGGAUAACAACGUAGCCAUGUCUUAUACUAAUCUCGGAGAAAGCCACAAAGGAGCAAAACCAAGUCCUUCUUAA